AUGCAAUUCUCAACCAUCUUUAACGCGGCAGUAGCUGCUCUUCUUCUACCCAGUGUAGUCCUUGCUUGCAACGGCAUUGAACAGGACUGUUGCUGGAAUGAUAAACAGGGAUGUAUGAACCAGCAUAAGAACUGGGACGUGUGUGGAAAAUCGCACGAAGCGAACUUUUGCGAAAAUUACAAGGUCUCUUGCGGCGCUGAUUGCUGCCAAAUCUCUACGGGUUGGGGCAGAGCGUGCCCUUAG